GGAGAGGCGAGCGGGCGAGCGCUCCGGGACGUGUUUCAACAGAUGGUUGGGGUUAGUGUGUGUCAUCACGUUCGAGUGGGGAUUAAGCGAAGGAAGGCUGCCUCGCUGGAGCUGUGUGGUCUUCUCCAAGUGAGAGUCUGUGACUUGGCUUGGGGAAGAGGAGGAGGAGGAGGAGGAGGCGGCGGCGGAGUUCCUUGCUGGCACCUCGAGGAGAGCGGUUUUCGCAGGUGCUGACAGCCCCCACCCUCAGCGGGAGAAGGUGAAUUUGGCAAAUGACAUGAAGGUUCUUCAAGGCAGGAUAAUCAUAGGAAAUCAUCAAAGGUUCAGCUGCUGCGGCAAAGCAAAAGCCUCUGCUUGCUAGCCGCUCCAAACCCUCCUGACAACAGUCAGGACGGUACCUGACAGCUGAAGGGGACCCUGUCCACCUGGGCACCAGCGCGAGAGCCGAGGACUGAACAGACGGAGCAGCCCUGCUGGGAGGAAGCGCCUUACCCUGGACUCCCUCUACAGAUGUUGUGAAUACCUCGGAGUCUAGGAAUUGAUUAUCCAACCUGGAUACCUAAUUCAAGACGGCCAGAACUCAGGAGAGAUCAAGACAUUUUGUCAGUUUUGCAACGUUGGGCCAGGUACGAUGAAGACGUGCUGGGCUCUGAUCUUGGCCAUCCUGGGCGCAGAACUGCUGGGGAGCCUGUGUUCCACUGUGCACUCCCCGAGGUUCAGAGGAAGGAUACAGCACGAACGGAAAAACAUCCGACCCAACAUCAUUCUCGUGCUCACUGAUGACCAGGACGUGGAGCUGGGAUCUCUGCAAGUCAUGAACAAAACAAGGAAGAUUAUGGAACAUGGCGGGGCCACGUUCACCAAUGCCUUUGUGACCACACCCAUGUGCUGCCCGUCCAGGUCGUCCAUGCUCACUGGGAAGUAUGUGCAUAACCACAAUGUCUACACCAACAACGAGAACUGCUCGUCCCCCUCGUGGCAGGCCUUGCAUGAGCCUCGGACCUUCGCUGUAUAUCUAAACAGUACUGGCUACAGAACAGCCUUUUUUGGAAAAUACCUCAAUGAAUAUAAUGGCAGCUACAUCCCUCCUGGGUGGCGAGAAUGGCUUGGAUUAAUCAAGAAUUCUCGUUUCUAUAAUUACACUGUUUGUCGCAACGGCAUCAAAGAAAAGCAUGGAUUUGAUUAUGCCAAGGACUACUUCACAGACUUAAUCACUAAUGAGAGCAUUAAUUACUUCAAAAUGUCUAAGAGAAUGUAUCCCCAUAGGCCCGUUAUGAUGGUGAUCAGCCACGCAGCGCCUCACGGCCCUGAGGACUCGGCCCCACAGUUCUCAAAACUGUACCCCAAUGCCUCCCAACACAUAACUCCUAGUUAUAACUAUGCACCAAACAUGGAUAAACACUGGAUUAUGCAGUACACAGGGCCCAUGCUGCCCAUCCACAUGGAAUUCACCAACGUCCUACAGAGGAAAAGGCUCCAGACUUUAAUGUCAGUGGAUGACUCUGUGGAACGGCUGUAUAACAUGCUUGUGGAGACGGGAGAGCUGGACAACACUUACAUCAUUUACACCGCCGACCAUGGUUACCAUAUUGGGCAGUUUGGACUGGUCAAAGGGAAAUCCAUGCCAUAUGACUUUGACAUUCGUGUGCCUUUCUUCAUCCGUGGCCCCAGCGUAGAGCCAGGAUCGAUAGUCCCACAGAUCGUUCUUAACAUUGACCUGGCCCCCACCAUCCUGGAUAUCGCCGGACUCGACACUCCUCCUGACGUGGACGGCAAGUCUGUCCUCAAACUCCUGGACCUGGAAAAGCCAGGUAACAGGUUUCGAACAAACAAGAAGGGCAAAAUUUGGCGUGAUACGUUCCUAGUGGAAAGAGGGAAAUUUCUCCGAAAGAAGGAAGAGUCCAGCAAGAAUGUCCAACAGUCAAAUCACUUGCCCAAAUACGAGCGCGUCAAGGAACUGUGCCAGCAAGCCAGGUACCAGACAGCCUGCGAGCAGCCCGGGCAGAAGUGGCAGUGCCUGGAGGACACGUCGGGCAAGCUCCGGAUCCACAAGUGCAAAGGCCCCGGUGACCUGCUCGCCGUGCGGCAGAGCACGCGCAACCUGUACACGCGCGGCUUCCUGGACAAGGACAAAGAGUGCCACUGCCGGGAGCCGGGCUACCGACCCGGCCGGAGCCAGAGGAAGCACCAGAGGCAGUUCCUGAGGAACCAGGGCACUCCAAAGUACAAGCCCAGGUUUGUCCAUACUAGGCAGACACGCUCCUUGUCUGUCGAGUUUGAAGGUGACAUCUACGACAUCAAUCUGGAAGAGGAAGAACUGCAAGUGUUGCAAGCAAGGAGCAUUGCCAAGCGUCACACUGAAGGCCACCAGGGGCUGGGAGGUCACCAGGCCAUCAUCGUCGGUGGUGGCGAUGGAGAGGAGAUGCUGGCAGACAGCAACAACUCUGUGGGGCCUCCUACCACUGUCCGGGUGACACACAAGUGCUUUAUUCUACCAAAUGACACCAUCCAUUGUGAGAGAGAGCUGUACCAGUCCGCCAGAGCCUGGAAGGACCAUAAGGCAUACAUUGAUAAAGAGAUUGAAGCACUGCAAGACAAAAUUAAAAAUUUACGAGAAGUGCGGGGUCACCUGAAGAGAAGGAAGCCCGAGGAAUGCAGCUGCAGUAAGCAGAGCUAUUACAGCAAAGAGAAGGGUGUGAAAAGGCAGAAACUGAAGAGCCAUCUUCACCCCUUCAAGGAGGCCGCCCAGGAGGUGGACAGCAAGCUGCGGCUGUUCAAAGAGAACCGCAGGAGGAAGAAGGAGAGGAAGGAGAAGAAGCGCCAGAGGAAGGGGGAGGAGUGCAGCCUGCCCGGCCUCACCUGCUUCACCCACGACAACAACCACUGGCAGACAGCGCCCUUCUGGAACCUGGGCUCUUUCUGUGCGUGCACAAGUUCUAACAACAACACUUACUGGUGUCUGCGUACGGUUAAUGAGACACAUAACUUUCUUUUCUGCGAGUUUGCCACUGGCUUUUUGGAGUAUUUCGAUAUGAACACAGAUCCUUAUCAGCUCACCAAUACCGUGCACACGGUAGAACGGGGCAUUUUGAAUCAGUUGCACAUCCAGCUGAUGGAGCUCAGAAGCUGCCAGGGGUACAAACAGUGCAACCCACGACCUAAGGGCCUUGAAGUUGGAAAUAAAGACGGAGGAAGCUAUGACCUACACAGAGGACAAUUAUGGGAUGGAUGGGAAGGUUAGUCUGCCCAGUGUCUCUGCAUAUCCCAGCUGGCCAGGCCUGGAGGAGUUAUACCAUGUGAAUGACAGCAUCUAUGAGGACAGACAGAACUAUAGACUUAAUCUGGUGGACUGGGCUAAUUACUUGAAGGAUGUAGAUAGAGUAUUUGCACUGCUGAACAGUCACUCUGAGCAACAUAAAACAAGUCGGAUUCAAAGUGCUCAAGACAGUGGGUUUCCGGUGAUGUCUGCUGCUCCCUCGGGGCCGGUGGAAAUGGCCUCUGCAGAGGCAGAUGGGGAUGCAAGCCAGGGACUUCGGGAAGCACCUCACUGGACCCUGCCAGCUGACCUCCAAACCUUGCAUUUGAACCGACCAACAUUAAGUCCAGAGAGUAAACUUGAAUGGAAUAAUGACGUUCCAGAAGUGGGUCAUUUGAAUUCUGAACACUGGAGAAAUGGCAAAGCUGAAAAUCGGGUGGCACACAAAGAGCUGGGCCAUCCUGAGGGCGACUUCAGUGGCAAUGGCUUGAUGGAGCUGGCGCCCAGACUGCACCCCGUCAUCCAGCACCCGAGAGGCCUUCCCCAGGAUGGUGGUCCAGGAAAGGAUGCCCUUGAAGAGCUGCUGUAUCCUCCUGCGCAUCCUGAGGGAAUCUCUGUCCACCGAGUGUCCAGCAUGAAGUAGCUCGUCCAUCCUAGCCGAGGGGAGAAGAGUCACGAGGACAGUGUGCAGCGCCCAGAAGGCAGCGCCUUCUCCCCGGUCUCCUCUGGCUAGACCAAGUGUUACCGUCACCGAAACACGCUAGUUCCUUAUCACAUUUUAUUAUCAAACUGAUGCCGGCAGUCAUCACUACCAGCAUCCCGAACUCCCCCGGGCACACGUGUGCUGUGGAUAUUCGUGUGCGUGUGCGUGAGCAAGGCUCACACAGGGAGUCCCUGUGUCUUUCACUAUUUGCCAAGAGUAGAAAGAAAGGUUGAGGGUAUUCUCUGUUUGGUUUUGUUUUGGGUACUAAGCAGUAUUAUCUUUUGGAACAUUGUACAGACAUGCGUAUGUGAACUUUUUCCAGUCAAAAUGCUAGAAUGGUGCCUUUCCAAGUUUCUACAACUUGACACCUUUGGUCAGUCUCUCGGCUCACCCGCGUGGCCUGACGGUGAUGUUUCAGUUCGUUUUUAACCACUGGAAUUGUUCAAGGUCAUCCUUUUGGGUUCAGUGAUGUUGCACUUUGGGAUUGGAAUGCCGUGUCUAUUUGGUUACUGGAUCCCCACACACACACAGGCUUAUCACAGUCACACUGUUUCUCUCAGUGUGUAAAAGCAGAUCCUUCCCUGCCCCCGCCCCCCACACAGGAGUAAUACCAUAAGCAUCACAUAUUGCUUCACAUGUGUUUUUGCCAAGAAAUAUUGCAUGUGUUUUACCUUGACGUGCUAAAAUUGAUUAGCAGAAAGGCAUGGCUAAAAUUGUUGGUGGUAAAAAUGCAUAAAUAAAUAAAUAAAGCAAAAACUGCCUGCUUUCUCUGUGCUUACCAUGUGCUUAAGGUUGCUAAAUUUUGGCUCUUUUCUUGACAAAAGACAAAGGACUAAUAACAUUUCAUCUUUAUUUUGUUUCCUUGGCCUGGUUAAUAAGCGUAAGUUUUGAGAAAAUAUGUGUAGUUUUGAAUUUAUAUAUGAAAAAAUUUAAUAAACUAAAAUCUUGACUGUUCUAUAAUGUACACACAGCAUAAGGGAGGCUAACUUUAUACACAUUGCAUUAUGUGAAUCUUUAUAAAGCUAUCACCAAGUUCUGAUCUUUUAGAACAUAGUUCAACAUUGUUUUUGAAAAUCUGUAUUAUUGAAAAUGUUCUUAUUUGUAUUAGACUUUUACAUACCAGCAAAAGGAUUACCUCACUGAGAGUUGUAAGUACCCUAUUCAACUUCCCAGGAUCUUUUUUUGUUUAUCUUGACAAUGAUUUUCUUUUUAUCUUUAGAUAAUCUAAACACUUAGGUAAAUUAUGUUGUCUUUAAGUGUUUAAAGGCAACUCUUUUUAAAGGAAAUUGAAUAUGGUAUAGUUGACUCUUUGGUAACCUUAAGUCCUUAUCAUAGACUCUGUAAAUAUGUUAAAAUUAACUAGCUGUUUAUCAGAUGUGGGUUUCAUCUGCCAAAUGAUGGAAUAAACAUAUUUAUGGCCAUGAACAAUGUGCUUUGUAAAAAGAUUUCAUGAUAUUAGGAAGCAUACUAUGUUUUUUAAUCCUGUGUAAUACUCUGUGAUAUUUUAUAGAACAAUUCUGGCUUCAGGAAAGUCUAGAAGCAAUAUUUCUUGAAAUAAAAGGUGUUGAAACUCCAA